CAAGUAUUCUAACCUAACUUCUCUAGAGUAGCGGCGUGAUCCAAAUUUAUAAUUCUUGUAAUUAUUUCCGGGACGAGAAUAUUCAAACUGCUGCUAGUAAAAAAAAAAAAUUGAACCAAUCGUGACGUUAAAAUUUUAGUUGGUUUUAGGCAAAAUGUUAACUUUGGAAUUCUCAGAAGCCUUCAAAGCACGAGCAAAAUCUUCAAGGAAAAGUGUCCACAAUUGUAAAAUAUGUCCAUAUUUUACCACAUCGCUUUUUCGUAUGGUCAACCACGUGCGACGACACCGUUCAUCUCAAGAAAAAUUUCUAUGCUCGAACAAGCUUGAAGAAUAUUAUUGUAAAGAGUGCGAUUUUAAAACGGAAUUAACGAUUCUGUUCAAACAACACGUUAAUAAACAUCACAGCGUUAAAGUGGAAUCUAGAGACGACUUCAGUGUACGAAACUACGUUUGCGAAAAGUGCCAUUUUGAAACAAAUUUGUCGUUAAAGUGGCUUCACCAUAUUUCAGUGUGUCUCAAAACGAAGGAAAAUCCUCAAAGUGUCACAAUACACUGGCUUUACUGUGCGCAAUGUCCAUUUAAAACGAAAAAAAUAUAUAAUUUAAAAAGACACAUAAACGCUUUACACUUGAACGACGACGAAGGUAAGUGGUACGAAUGCAAACAGUGUCCACUCAAAACUCGGGACAAAGCGUCUUUGAAUAGACACGUAGCCACGAAACAUCUAAGCGUAGACAAAAUCAAGCGGUAUGAAUGUAAAAAGUGUCAAUAUGAAGCCAGACACCCAACGACUUUGAAAAAUCACGUAAUUUCCCGACAUUUGAACGAAAAAGAAGUUAAAUGGUACAAAUGUACAAGCUGUUUGUAUAAAAGUAAACGAAAAGAUAAUUUAAAACUGCACAUAAGAAUGCAUCAUUCGGAUAUCAAAUCAUACAAGUGCCGAUAUUGCCCAUUCGAAACUAAAUGGAAUAGUUGUUUGAAAAAACAUACAAACAACUACCAUUCAGACGGAAAUGACGUUAAAUGGCACGAAUGCAAUCAAUGUCCGUUCAAAAGUGUGUAUGAAAGUUCUGUGAGGUCACACAUGAUGGUAAAACAUUCAAACGGAAAUACUAAGUGGUACAAAUGCGAACAUUGUCCAUUGAAAUUUAUACGGCCAUCUGAAUUAAAAAACCAUGUUAUUUGUAGACAUUUGGACGAAGAGAAAAUCAAGUGGUACGAGUGCGACGAGUGUUCUUUCAAAACUAAACUUCAGAGACAUUUAAACAAACACGUGAAUUUUUAUCAUUCAGAAAAAACGCAGUGGUAUGAAUGUGUGGAUUGUUCCUAUAGAAAUAGAAAAAAGGUUAAUUUGAAGCAACAUAUAAACGUCCACCAUUCAGAUGUCAAAUCGUAUCAUUGCAAAUAUUGUCCAUACAAAGCUAAAGUGAGUUCGUAUUUAAGGAAACAUAUGAGAAACCACCAUAAGCAAAACUAAGUCGAAUUUGUAACAAUAAUAAUAAUAAAAGUCUGUUUUAAUCAA